AUGAUCAACAUAAGUCGCAUCCUCGUUUGUUUCGCUGCGUAUUUGAUGAUUCCUGCUUCAUAUUUUCCACCGGGGAUUCAAGCAUUAUCGAUUCUUGAACGAGCUGCUCCAGUUGCUCCUGAUGGCUACACUCCCGCCCGAGUUUCAUGCCCAGCCCAAAGGCCAACGAUCCGCGCGGCCACGGGCUUGUCGACCAACGAAACAGAUUGGCUUCCUCUUCGCACAAAUAACACAGUCCAGGCCAUGAAAGAUGUGCUCAGCCGCGCCAAUAUCAGCGGUCUUGACACCGGUAGAUAUAUCGACAAUCUCACGGACGCUGGCACCGGCCUCCCAAGGGUAGCCAUCGCCAUCUCCGGUGGAGGCUACCGAGCUUUGAUGAACGGAGCCGGUGCUCUGGCAGCAUUUGACAACAGAUCGACAAAUGCGACGGAAACCGGCCAUCUCGGAGGCCUUUUGCAGUCGGCCACGUAUCUCAGCGGCCUUUCUGGCGGAAGUUGGCUCGUCGGCAGUCUUUACGUUCAGAACUUUACGUCGGUCGAGUCCAUCAUCUUUGCGACGGAUGGAUUUCUCAGCACUUUGUGGCAGUUUGAUCACUCCAUCCUCAACGGACCUGAUGGUCUCUCCAUCACGAGAUACUACCGACAACUGUUUGAUGAUGUCGACGGUAAGAGAGAUGCCGGCUUCAAUACAACAAUAACAGAUUAUUGGGGCAGAGCAUUAUCCUACCAGCUCGUAGACCCGAGUGACGGAGGACCCGCGUUCACCUUUUCAUCUAUAUCAAACGAUACAGACUUUGUAUCGGCUCAAGUUCCACUGCCGUUGAUCGUUGCCGUUGAGAGAACGUCAGGACAGCUCCAGAUAGCCAGUAACUCGACAGUCUUCGAGUUCAAUCCUUGGGAAAUGGGAUCGUACGACCCUGGCCUCGAAGCCUUUGCACCGCUCCAAUUCGUCGGCUCCAACUUCACUAACGGCACUAUUCCACGCAACGGAGAGUGCAUCGCCGGGGUCGACAACGCCGGCUUUGUCAUGGGCACCUCGUCUUCUUUGUUUAACCAGGCAUUCUUACAGAUUGGAAGGGUAGAGGGUGUGCCAGAGUUCUUGAUCAGCGCUAUAAAUCGCACGCUGGCAAACGUUGGCACAGAAAACAGAGACAUUGCGAACUGGCCGAACCCAUUCUUCGGAUACAAUUCCAGCGGGAAUUUGAAUGCCAACUCCACGGUUCUGGCUCUCGUGGAUGGUGGAGAGGACUUACAAAACAUCCCCUUGCAUCCGCUGCUUCUGGAAGAACGAGAAGUCGAUGUCAUUUUUGCUGUCGAUGGCUCUGCCGAUACAGCAACGCUGUGGCCAAAUGGAACUGCCAUGGUGGCUACGUUUAACAGAUCGGAAGCCAGGGUUUCGGCCAACGACAGCAGAUUCCCAGAUAUCCCCGAUCAGAACACCUUUGUGAAUCUGGGUCUGAACCAGCGGCCUACCUUUUUUGGCUGUACCAACGGGAGCAACACUCCUCGUGGGCCGCUCAUCGUGUAUAUGCCCAAUGCCCCCUACUCAUUCCAGUCCAACGUCUCAACCUUUGACCUGGAGUACAGCGACGAGGAGCGCAACCAAAUCAUCCAGAACGGAUACAAUAUGGCGACCAUGGGCAAUGGCACGGUGGAUUCGAAUUGGCCGGCGUGCAUCGGUUGCGCCAUUUUGUCCCGGAGCCUCGUUCGCACCAGGACUCGUGUUCCUUCAAAGUGCGCGGAUUGCUUUGCGAGAUAUUGCUGGAAUGGCACGACCAAUUCUUCCUUGCCGAAUACCUAUGAGCCGGAGCAGAUCCUCGCCAACACGACGGAGCAGUCGACGUCUUCGGCUGCUCGGAUAAGCGGGACGCUGUUGCUGGGUUGCGUCGCAUUUAUGCUUGCGAUCUGA